AUGGACGAGGACCAAGUGGAUGAAUUAGACAAGGCCGCUAAGGAAAAUCAAGUUGAAUCAUCAGGUAGUCCACAGGUGAAGGCAACUGCUCCAGUCAAAGCAUAUGUUCCUCCAAUUCCAUUUCCACAGAGAUUGCAAAAACAUAAGAAAUUUUUGGAUGUGUUCAAGAAGCUGCAUAUUAACAUACCAUUUGCUGAAGCUUUAGCCCAAAUGCCCAGCUAUGCCAAGUUCAUGAAGGAUAUUCUAUCAAAUAAGAGGAAGCUAGAAGACAAUGAAAUAGUAAUGCUUACUGAGGAGUAUAGCACAAUUCUCCAACACAAAUUACCACCGAAACUAAAAGACCCAGGGAGUUUUACUAUUCCUUAUCACAUUGGUAAUCUGUAUAUAGAUAAGGCAUUGUGUGAUCUAGGAGCUAGCAUUAAUUUAAUGCCUUUAUCUCUUUUCCGAAAACUAGGUUUGGGGGAAGCAAAACCGACAACAGCUUCACUACAGUUGGCUGACAGGUCGAUCAAACACCGUCGUGUUAUUUGUGAAGAUAUUUUGGUGAAGGUUGAUAAGUUUAUAUUCCCAGCAGACUUCAUUAUUCUGGAUACAGAAGAAGAUAGAGACGUCCCCCUCAUAUUGGGUCGUCCAUUUUUGGCCACGGGAAGAGCUCUGAUAGAUGUGCAAAAGGGUCCGUUGAUAUUAAGAUUUCAGAGCGAACCAAAUUCUUGCAUGCAGAUUGAUAUAAUAAAAGAAGCGAUGUCAAAGGAAUUCAAACUAGAUCACCCUCAGGAUCCGCUUGAGGCUUGUUUAGUGCAUUCGCAAGAUUUACCAUCAGAAAAUGAGGAAAUAAAAGAAUGUGCACGGUAUUUGGCAGCCAUGCCACCAUUCUUCAAGCAACCACGUCUGGAACUCGGUGAAAGACUCACAACACGUUUAUCAUCUAUACAACAAGCUCCAACUCUUGAACUCAAACAACUACCAACUCAUCUUCGUUAUGCAUACUUGGGGGAAAAGAAUUCACUUCCAGUAAUCAUCUCAAACAAUCUUACAGAAGUGGAAUCAAUUGCUGAGGGCGCUUCGAGAGCGUAA